AUGUGGUUCUCCAAGGCCACGGCGGUAGCUGCUGCUGCUGCCGCUCUUAACAUCGGCACUGCUUCAGCUGCAACUUCCUCCUUCUGUCCCACCACCGGCGUCUGCUUCGAAUGGGGAGUCCCCGACGCCACCGCAAAGGCAAGCUCCGGAGACAUCUUCUUCCAGCUCAAGGCCCCGACAUCAUGGCAAUGGAUCGGCCUCGGCAUCGGUACCUCCAUGCCCGACUCCAACAUGUUUAUCAUGUACCAGGAUGGCAAGGGAAACGUCACGCUCAGCACGAGGCCCGGCGCGAACCACGUCAUGCCGACUUUCAAAGCGAGAAGCGACGUCGAGCUCCUGGCGGGGUCUGGUGUAGUUGGCGGCAACAUGGUCGCCAAUGUUCGAUGCGGUAACUGCACAAACCUCGACUUUUCUGGUCAGUCGAAUUGGAUCUCGGCGUGGAAGUCGGGCGAUUCAUUGGACUCGACAAACCCGGCUGCGAUCAUUACCCAGCACGACAGCAUGACUCUGUUCCAGGUCAACCUGGGCAAAGCAAGCAUCAGCUCCGACUCGAACCCCUUUACCGGAUCCAGUGCCAGCAGCAGCGGAAGCAACAGCGGCAGCAAUCCUGGGUCUUCCAGCUCUGGCGAUAGCGACGGCGAUAGCAAUGGCAAUGGCAGUGCGGUUUCCGGUGUCUCGGGCGGCUCGACGCCGAGCCAGACUCUGGCCACUGCCCACGGCACCAUCAUGUCUGUCGUCUUCGUCAUUCUGUAUCCUCUCGGCUCUAGCUUGAUGCCCUUGAUUGGAAAGUGGUACAUCCACGCGUCAUGGCAGACGAUUGCUUUCUUGCUCAUGUGGGCUGGAUUCGGAAUCGGCGUCUUUAUUGCUAAACAGGAUGGCAUUUUCUUCCAACAAGCCCAUACUCGCUUGGGAGUCAUUCUCGUCUGUCUCAUCAGCCUGCAGCCCAUCUUCGGAAUCAUCCACCACGUCAACUACCUCAAGACUCAGCGUCGCAGCAUCUUUAGCCACCUUCACUGUUGGUAUGGACGAGCAUUGAUGAUUAUCGGAAUCGUCAACGGCGGCCUCGGCUUGCAGCUCGGCGACGCUCCUACUCGCUACAUCAUUGCUUAUUCUGUCGUGGCUGGAGUUACGGCAAUAAUCUAUGUGGCCUCCAUCACUCUUGGAUGGACCGUAAUCCGCAGGAGACGAGACCAGCCAAAGGAGGCGAGCUCUUCAUAA